AUGGUGGCCAGCUGGGGAGCAGCCUGUGCUGCUGGUUUCCUUUGGACAAAGGCUAGGGCUUCAAGGCAUGCCAGAUCAGCAGUUGGUUAUGCCCUCUUGAGCUGGGCGCAGUCGGUGUUGAUGACUUUGAUGGUCGCAGCCCAGCCUUGGGGCUGUCGCUAUGGGAUUUUGCCAGCCAACAGGGAGAAUAUCUACAACCUUAAUUUUGGCAAGGUACAUUGGGCGUUCAUGCAUCCGUUGGAGAUUCUUUUUUGGUUCCGUAUGUUAUUCUACGUUGGAGCUCUGCUUUGGAUGCAGUGGCUUAUUGAGAGACGGUUUCACGCUCUGGAAAAGACCUCCGGGCGCAAGUGGGGUGGUCAUAAGCUGGCGAUCCUCUUGCGGAUCCAAGCGUGGUGCAUCGGUGUGGCCAUGUUCAUACUUGGUCCUGCUGUGGCUUUGCUGGAAGCGCCAGACACAGUGGUGAAAGGGUGGGUGCUUUUCAUUUUUAUGGUUUUGGCCUGGGGCUUGGGAGGCAUUUUCCUGUUGGCCAACUUGCUGGGAGCCUCCAUCGCACUUUGGGCCCUGUUUGGCUCUGUCUACGAUUUGCGUUGUGCUCUUCAGGAACAGAGGCUGCAACAUACACCCCAAGACGUUGCGGCGUCCCUGCGAGAUGCCUUGCGACUGAACCAAUGGCAAGCUAUUGCAGUGAGCUGCAGUUUGUUGCUCUCAAUAGCGUUGUCACCAGCUGUGUGCUGGCAGGUCCACACCCAGCACACCUUAAGCUUCAGCUGGGAUUUGAAACGGGUGUCAUAUCCAACAGACCACUUGGCCUCAGUUCUUUGCGGCAUCACUGUCCAAUUCUUUGAUGUGCUGGGUAAUGCAUUGGCCGUCGUGCUGCUCUCCGGCACCCAUCGUGUGACAGAGUCAGCUAGCGUAGGCCUUUGGAUUCCCAGCAGGCGUUGUUGCUCGGGCAGCACGCAGACCGAGCGAAGCGAAACCUGGAGAAAGACGGUGGAGGAGCUAUCUACACGUGGUCUGACGUUGAACAGCCUCAUGAAAUUCUACGAAGAAGAUCUUUGCUAUGUUCAUGGGACCUAUUGGUCCUAUGUGCCUGAGAAGCACAAGACUCGAGACGUCGUCCGCAGAGUGAUCAUUCCCCUCACUGCAGGGCAAAGAUGUGCCUAUGCAACCUCCAGCUACAACCGUGAUGGCCCGAAAACGCCCAAGAUCAUGGUCACGCACAACUGGGGCAAUCACUUCAAAGACCUACUGGCAGCAAUUGUGGCCCAUGCGUUGCAAGAGUGCAGCUUUCAAACAGCCGCUAAGAUGUUGAGAGACCCUGUUUUCCUUCGCGGCCUUUUGCAGGAGAAUGGCCGUUUGAACGAUGUCUACUGGGUCUGUGCCUUCUCGGUGAACCAACACGUUUCUAUCUGCAACAAGAACGAAUCUGAUUGGGAUCCUAUUUUCAUGUCCCUGCAUCCUACCUGUAGUUGCCCAUGUGAUCCCAUCCGUGACCCCGACAAAUCCGAAAUGAACAAGUUCGACGACAUGAUGCGGCACCUGGCCGACAAUGGAGGCUGCGAGCACUUGAUUGCAGUCGAUCAAUCCCUGGACUUGUUCAAUCGGGCUUGGUGCAUCGCAGAGAUUGCAGAAGCAAGGCGCCUGGGCAUGCGGCAAAGCUUGAAGCUCAUCUCAAACAGGGUUCUAUUGCGGCGAGAAAGGAGUCUCAGGAAUCUGGACAUCGCACGCAUGAAAUGUGCUGAUAGCAGUGACAAAACAAUGAUCCUGGAGAAGAUUGAGCAGUACAUUUCUGUGGAACGCUUCAAUGAGCAACUGCGCUUCCUGAUCUUUGACGAGCGGUCAGGCUGGCUGAAACUUUCUAAGGGCUUUAGGAGGGACCCUUAA